AGAAAAGCUGUUCAGGAAACUUUCAAGAGGUGAUUGGGUAUGGAAGAAGUCAGAGGAACAACCUGAAGCUUUUCUUCAUGGACGCAUGAGAUGUCACGGGAAAGGCUGCGGUGUCCUGGAGAGAAUGAGGGUGUGAUGUGUCUGGGGAGUGCCAGGAAAUUGAUAGGAAGGAAGACAAGCGAUCCUUUUGCUGCACACCAUGAAUAUAUGCGGCAGAUGAUGAGAAGCUUUUCUGAUCCUUUUGGACGAGAUCCAUUUCUCAGUAUAACAGAUGGUGGGGAGAGAACAGUAGAUCGAAGAGCACGCCAGGACUCUCAGGUUGCUCUAAGAGGAAAUCACAGAGCAACAAGCUGCUCCCUCAUGCCCUUUGCAGGCUUUGGUAGAGUGCAGGAUGCAGAUUUUGGGGAACCUUUUUUUGCAAUGGACAGGAUGAUGUCAAAUAUGAGAAACAGUAUGCUGGAAAUGCAAAGAAAAUUUGAUGACCUGUCCAUCCAUCCAGAUGCACACACAUUCAGCUCCUCCUCUGUGAUGACAUACUCCAAAAUAGGGGAUGAACCACCAAAAGUUUUCCAAGCUUCAGCUCAGACACGCACAGCUCCAGGAGGUGUUAAGGAGACAAGAAAAGCACUUAAGGAUUCUGAAAGUGGACUGGAAAAAAUGGCUAUUGGUCAUCAUAUUAACGAUCGUGCCCAUGUCAUUAAAAAGUCAAAGAACAGCAAGACUGGUGAUGAAGAAAUGAACCAAGAAUUCAUCAACCUGGAUGAAACUGAUGCCCAGACCUUUGAUGAAGAGUGGCAGAAAGAGAUUAUGAAGUUCAAGCCAUCUAGAACUAGAUUCACUUUAGAAGCUCCAAAAUACAGAAGUAUUCAUCACAUACCCAAGGAAGUAAGGAGAGAGAAACCACUUGCGGUUGCAGGUUCCAGGGAGCCCAGAGUUUCUUUGGAGAAUCUCAAUGUGAAAGGAACACAUGUCCCCAUCAAAAGCAGCAAAAAAUAAAUUGCUUUCAUUCUCCAUUUGAAUGGAGUUUCUUCAGAGAACAUAAUGGUGCUGCAUUGCUUAUGUUAUAAGUAUACACGUAUAUAUGACCAAUUUCUGUUCUUUGUUUUAGUAAGUAUUAGCGUGGCUUGCUACUCCCAUCUCUUGACAACUGAAUGUUCUUUAAAACUUCAGACCCUUGGUUAAACCAUCUAGUUUCAGUAAAUUAAAAAAACAGCAACUUUCCAACUUUCCACUUAAAAGCACUUUAAUGGAUAAUCACUAAUUCUGUUUAAAAAAAAAAAAAAAAGCUUUCAUUUGCAAGAUUUUUCUGCUACAACUGCACCAGUCUCAGUUACAAGACUUCUUAUUAAGCCUUGUAAUGCAACUACUUUUUCCCACACUCUGUAACUUGCACAGAAAGUAAAUUAUCUUUUUAUUUUGUGUGGCUGAAAUAAUUAUUAAUUUUCUAGGUGCUACUGCAAUUAAUAGAAAUUAAAGAGCCAUUAUAUAUAAUCUUGCUUUAAAAUCAUACUGUAAAUUGUUACACAAUCCCGAGAUUCACCUUGCUUUAACAUGACGAAAAGUGAGAGGAAAUACUAAAAUGGCAGAUACUUCAAAUAAAUUUUAGUUUAUUAGCGUUGUUAUGUUCAUAAGCUGUGCUUGCAUCUCUUAUUUUCUGUGCCUAGACUGUCAAUUUUGUAUGUUUUGAUCCUUUGGAUAUUUCCUUUGGAGGUGGCCCAUUAUUUUUAAUUCUUGAAGAUUCUCUGUAGUAGCUUUUAAUUAUUCUGUAAUAAUACCACUGUGUCCUCAAACUCAGCCGUAACUAUUAAUCAGAAAAAUAUGUGGGAGAAAUUGGUUGAGUAGGCAGUAGUUUAACUGGAUAACAAAUGAUUACACCGUUCUUCUGCUCUAAAAAGCUAGAAGAGCCCUGCAUACAGGAAACCAUUUCCCCCCUUAGCUGAGAUGAGAUGUGUUUGUAUUCUUUUGUGUCCUGUUUUUAGUGGAUGUAGAAUGAUCUGAAAUCCAACACUUGAUCUCCCUUGGUGGUGGUGGUGUUUGGUUAAAGAGUCUGGUGUUAUAGAGAAAAGCCAAUUGUGUGACUGAGAACAGGAAAGGUCUUUGUUUUAGAAGCAUUAAGUUUGUAUGCUGUUUUGUUAUGCAGAACUGAUCCCCACGUCGUAGUGUAAGUGAUUUCUGUAGACUAUAACACUAGCAUUAGCACUAUAGCAUAUAUUUCAAGGCUAAAACAUAAUAGCGCAGCCUUAAAAAAAAAAAAGGCACUAUUUAUAAAAGAAAAUAGGUUUGGUAAGUUAAGAUUAAUACUUGUUCGGCUAAAAAGGCAAUGGCCUUUAAAUCACUUCUUUCUGCAGAUGCCCCAGAUUAUUUAAUUCUAUGUUUAUUAAUGUGCAGAAGUAAUCAAAAGUACUUCUGUUGAACUCUGACAAGGGAAAGACAAUUGUUUCUUUGCUCGUUUAAUGCAGUGGUCUCUUUCUAUUACUGGAGCAAAUACUAGUGGCAAUAAGUUUGUGCUAUUGAACCAUUCUACGAGCAGCCAAGGUAAGAGAUGGUUUACUUUUUAAUAGGCAGGGUGUGUUCUAGAGCAGACAUGUGCACGCAUCCCUUCUGCCACCCCUGAUACAGGGGUAGCAACCUCCGACAGAAGGACAGGCUGAAACAGCGUGAUAUCAGUCAAGCCUGCCAGAGGAUGUCUGCCAGAACCCCGAGUCUAAAGCAUGCUUUUGCUCUCCUUAAAAAGUAAGAGUACAACUCUAGGGCCUGAUCUUCUGUACCCUGAAGGCAACAUCCAUUUUGCAAUAAAUGUCAUUGAGAAUGUAAGGCCGUGGAGGCAUUUUCCAGGUAUGGCACUUAAACCUCCCAGUAAUAGAACACGAAAAACUUUCCUGCUGUUUAACUUCAGAAAUCCUUGAUUUGAGAAACACUGCUAUUUAACAGAAAAUAGUAUUUACCUGACAACUCGGAUUUUUGUCUAUGCUUUACUGAGAUAAAAAACCAUGAUACGUACAUGUAAUCAAUGAAACAAGUACAUACUAUGGUUUUAAAAUUAUAGUGGAAAGAGGCUAAUAUUCACUACAGACUACUUUGUUAUGCAAAACAAUGUUCUAAAAUGCAAAAGAAACUGUUCUAUGUAGAAGCAUCUGAAACUGUAAUUCUUUAAUAAAGUUAUUUAUUAUUUA